ACUGUAGCCUGUCGUCUGAUCUUGGGACCGUUUCACGUAACAUCUUUAUUGCCGCAACAUCUGGGGAAGUAAUUAAUUUGCAACUUCAAUACCAAAUACAAUAACAUAUACGGCGCGAUUCAGGCAUGGAAAACCUGCUACGACAGCGCUACUGUUUUCUCUGUCACACCUGCUUAAGAACUGAAAAAAGGACGAAGAUCGGAAAGAUGCACCCGUUGAAGGUACUUCAGAUGAUUACCAUUGCAUUCUCCUUAUUCGUCCAGUCGGUUUCGUCUGAGACUCUGUGCGGCGGGGAGCUGGUGGACGCGCUGCAGUUCGUGUGUGGCAGCCGGGGCUUUUAUUUUAGUAGACCAACCAGCCGGUUCAACAGCCGGCGGACGCAGAACGGCAUUGUGGAGGAGUGCUGCUUUAAAAGCUGCAGCCUGCGUCUGCUGGAGCAGUACUGCGCAAAGCCGUCCAAGUCCGAGCGGGAUGUGUCCGCCACCGCCCUCCCCGCCGUGACAGCCCUGCCUGUGAUAAACAAGGAUGUCCCAAGAAAAUCCUUGACCAUGAAGUAUUCCAAAUAUAUAAUUUGGCAGCGAAAGGCGGCCCAGAGGCUGCGAAGGGGGAUCCCUUCAAUUCUUCGAGCCAAAUGCAGGCGGCAGGCAGGGAAAAUGAAGGCCCAGGAGCAGGUGACCCUCCACAGACCUCUUAUCAGCCUCCACAGCAAUCUGCAUUCAGUCAUGCCGCCCACAGAAAACUAUGUCAUCAACAAAUGAAUUCAGGAUUGUUUGUACAGACAAGAGUUCAACAAAAAAGACCAGGGGAUUAUAGCUUUCUAUGACAUCACAACUAUGCCAGUCUUCUGAAGUCUUAAUCCUCGCCAUCUCUUACCCUCAUAUAUACACAUUCUCCUGUUUUUAGCUGUCUUUCUCUCCCACACACACAUAUAUGCUCAAAUAAAAAAUAGGUAAAUACGAAAAACAAAAAAAAAAGUGAAGAAAAGAAGAUGAAAGAGGUUUACGGCUUGGCAAGCAACAAGAGGACACAUAGCAGAAUGGUUUUAUUGGGGAGGAAAACAAAAUGUGAAAAGCAAGUAUAAAAGACCAUUACAAGCCAGCUUUCAGAGAAAAAAGGGCACCUUUUUGUUCCAUAUUAGAUUGCACCUGUUACUAUAAAGAAGUAUAUCCACACUGUAAGGAAUUAUUUUAUUCAAUUAGAUUCCUGUUCCAGCACCUUUUAAUAAGAAACAAAAAUGCAGAAAGAGCCUGCAAUUGCACAUUGCUAUGGAUUUUGUUUUAAAGUAAAUACAAAUUGCACUUUUUUUCUUUCUUUUUUUCAAAUAAUGAACAUGUAGCUCAAAAAUGUCCCGGUGCUACCUUUGGGAAAGGACUCGAAGUUUUAAAAGUUUAAAAAAGAUGCAGAUUUUUUUUUUCUUUGAAAAAUGAUUAAACUUUCUGUUUUAGGAAAAAAGUGUGACUUUGGGGAAAAAAAUAAUUGCUUGCAUUUGGAAAACCUGGAUUUUGUUGGAUACAGAGUGGUAUCCCACAAUGCACCUGUGUCAUGGAAGGUGGAUACAUUAGGGCAUCUGUACUGUUUGAAGUCAUGCUGUAGUGCUCACAAGGGGGAAACAGCGUGGGGAUGAGCAGAGAGGUAAUGUCAUACCUCUGCAAAACCAACAAAAGGCCCCUUUGCUGUAAAAAUGAAACAUCAUCUUAUUCUGACAGAACUUCAGUCAGUUACAGAGAAAGUGUGACAUGUUUCUGUUUUUCUUUUCAUUCUUUGCUGAAAGCAAAAAGCAAAAAAAAAAAAAAGAUAAAAAAGGUCUUAUUCUUGUAUCAUGACAUUCCACAUCACAAAAUAGAAAUGUUAAUUUUUAAGAUAUUUUACUGUUGUCAUCAAUAUUUUACAUUUCUAAAAAAGGCACAGAGAAAAACAUUAGUAGUAGGAACUAACAUUUUGUUUUAUAUUGUUUAUCAGUAGUAUUUACAUGCUUUUGCUUGACAACAAAUACUUGAAUGUGUGAUUAGUUUCCAGGGACACCAUGUUUCAAUGUCUUGAGCUGUGUCUUGGAAAAUGAGUUGCCAAGCCUUUUUAACACAGACAAUGAUGGCACUGUAUAAAUACAUUAUUUAUUUUGUGAAAAUAAGUACAAUAUUCAUAUAGAAUUCAUUUUCAUAUAUGUCAAGUAUAUGAAAAUUGUUCUCAAAUACACUUAGCACUGAAGCACAUCUGACAGGCUUGUUUUUUUUUUUACUUUUUUUUUAAUCUGUGAUGCAUUUUGUAGAUGCUUUGUACCAAAAAAAAACUCUUUAUUCUCCUUAUGCCAAGUUGUAUUGAUAUUUUUUGUCAUUUGUAUGUUUGAUUUGCCUAGAAUGCCAAUUAAUGUCUAGCAUGGCCAUUUCACCACAAUAAUGAUACCAUAGGAAAAACAGCAGUAUUCAAGAAUGUCUUGAAAUGUAUGUCAAAAUAUUAUGUCAGUUAUUUCCUGUGCAUUAUUAUGUUAUCAACUUUAUUAUACAUUUUUUGUAGAAUGUGUGUAUUAUUUGCACUUGGCCUUUUGUCGUAUUGUGGGUUUAUGUUCUUGGUCAGGUGACCGAUUUGUAGUCACAACUGUUCCUUGAACUUGAUGAUAUCGAGCUGGGUGAGGCACAGAGUGUGAUAUCAAGCUGGAUGAGUUAGAGAGUAUGAUAUCAAGCUGGGUGAGUUAGAGAGUAUGAUAUCAAGCUGGGUGAGUUAGAGAGUGUGAUAUAGAGCUGGAUGAGUUAGAGAGUGUGAUAUCGAGCUGGGUGAGAUAGAGAUUGUGAUAUAGAGCUGGGUGAGUUAGAGAGUGUGAUAUACAGCUGGGGAGAGAGCAGAGAGUGUUCUUUUUUGUUGUUUUGUUCUCCUGAUAUUCUGAAUGACUGGUUCCUACGGGUCAGGUGAAUACAGUGCUCUGUAUAUGUGCAAAACAAGAGGACAUGACGGUCACACAUCACACCAGGUCACAUUAACAGUCUCAGCCAUCCCUCCAAAUGCAAUGCCAGCAGUAGUCAAUACUACUAGUGUUCCAUCCACCCUCAUCGUAUAUUAGUAAAAAAGUUCCUAUGUUGAACAUAAGUGUGAGAACUCAGGAAAUCAUGCACACAUGGAAACACACACACAUAUAUUUAGAGCGAUCUAGAUCAAGGGUGGUGUACAGACUACUUUAAAAGGACGACAAUAGUUUAAAAACUACCUGAUAAGUCUAACAGAAUGUAUUUUUGCUUGCUCUGUGAAGUCGACUUUUACCAGUCCCACUGGCAAAGGUAAGGCUGAAGGUAAAGAAGAAACAUUCUUGCUACUUCCUCUCCAGCCUUGGCUAGGCAGAGGCGGAGCUCUGUCGGUGUGAACCAGCGACCUGACCCUGUCGGGCAAAGUGUAUGUCCAAGGGAUUCUGCUUAGUCACGGGAUGUAGGUGUCUUUCUGAACAAUUAAUGGUCUUGAGAUAAGAUAUAUAUAUAUAUAUAUAUAUAUAUAUAUAUAUAUAUAUAAUAUGCUUGUUUGAGUCAUGUUACAAACCAGUGCAAUUAUGGUUGAUAUUUUUUAUUUUGAGUUUCUAGAAUUGUUUUUCCAAUGACUUUACAAUAUGGUUUGCUGAAUAGUGUCUGUUUCCUCCUAAGACUACAAUCAUACGUGUUACUUGUCUUUUGAAAGACAUAGUUGAAGAGAACCACUUUUAGGAAACUAAGUAUGUGACAUUUAUUUGCCAAUGAGAAUGUUUUAGGAGCUCCCUGAGCCCAUGUGUAUUUCACUUCCGCACGUUAGAACAUCUUAAAAUGCACUAUCCAUCUACUCUGGUUUAAUAAAACAAUUUAUCAUCU